AUAUAUAAUUGCACGAAGUUGGGGAGACGAAGUUUCUGGUUCGUAGCUGAGAGACGGAGCCAUUGCGAAGCAGAGGAGGAUCUUGAGAGAAAUCUGAGCUUGAAGAUCUUCUCUGUGUUCAACCUGUUCAGAUCAUCGAAUAAAUUUGAUUCUUAGCGAUUCUAUUCGUGUAAGGUUUUUUUUCAACUGCUACUCAUUGUUCUGGAAUUUUGGUGAAAUCGAGUUGCUGUACUACCAAGUAUGGAGGCUACGCUUACUCAGCAGUUGCAGUUUUCUCCAUGGAUCCACUCGAAGAGUAUUGCUGCAAAACCGAAGGGUUCGCUGCAUUUUUCUCGGCGAUUAGAGGAGCAGCACAUGUUGCAGGCGCCAUUUUCAUUCAAUUUACAGUUGUCCAGACGUUCAAGUCAUCACAGAACAGUAGCUUUGAAAAUUUCCUGUUCUUACAAGAACUCUUCAGUGUUGGAGUCUGGAAACCAUCGUGUUCCUGUUGAUGAAACUUUUACUAUACAGAGGAAGUCCCGGGAGAUUGAGUCAUAUUUAAAUGGGCGCUGCAUAUAUUUUGUCGGAAUGAUGGGCUCGGGAAAAACAACCGUAGGAAAAGUCCUGUCGAAUGCACUUGGUUACUCCUUCUCUGAUAGUGAUUCAUUAGUGGAACAAGACGUUGGAAUUUCUGUAGCUGAAAUUUUCAAGGUCUAUGGGGAGGACUUCUUCAGGGAAAGGGAGACGGAGGCAUUGAGGAAGUUAUCUUUGAUGAAUCAGUUUGUUAUUUCCACUGGUGGAGGCGCCGUUACUAGAACGAUAAACUGGAAAUAUAUGCGUGAAGGGAUCAGUGUCUGGUUGGAUGUGCCUUUGGAAGCCUUGGUUAAGAGAAUUUCAGCUGUAGGAACCAAUUCUCGUCCCCUUUUGCAUAACGAUUCAACUGAUGCAUACUCAAAGACUCUCGUUCGUUUAUCUACUCUCCUGGAAGAGAGGGGUGAAGCAUAUGCCAACGCUGAAGUCAGAGUUUCCUGCGAAAAAAUUGCGGCCAAACUGGGCACAAAAGACGUAUCUAAUGUCACGCCAAUGGCCAUAGCAAUCGAGGCACUCGAACAAAUCGAGAUCUUUUUGAAGAGAGAAGAUGGUUAUUGUGCGUUUUGACGACCCAACAAAUGACAUUCAGCUUGUGUUCUGUAAUUCCUGUCGGUUCGAUUUCUUGGAAUACUCGAGUAUUACUUUGAGGCGAUCUCCUUUGCUUGGAGUUUGCAUACUGAGCUCCAUCACACUUAUCGCUUUGAAUCAAGUCACCCUUAGCGUAGCCCUAAUCAGUCAACCUUUGUGCAAAUGAGAGGUAUUAUAGUUCAUUACAUUUUGUUGCGUUUAUAAUGUGCGAAUAAAGAAAAAUUAAGUAGUUUUUGUAACUUAGCAUUUUCUCAUUUAUUAAUAAAAUAAGUUAUCUUACA